GCCAACUUCAGGUCCACGGGCAAGUGAAAUGUAUCGUCAAGCCACGUUGGAGGCCAGCACUUAUCAAGACACCGUAAUCAUCACAUCACCCAUUCGUUGCCAUAUCGCAACGACCUCCAAACAGCGACCCUGACGGUCAAGAUACUUUGGUGCUGAGGCUGAUCGCGAUGGCCGACCAGAUAUUGGACCAGGUCCGCGACCUGUUCGAGGGGCAGAUUGACUUUGAGGGCCAGAAACUGGCUGAGCUCCUUGUCAAUGUUGCCUUGACUGUCGUCGGAGUCGUUGCGUACCUCGUCGGGUAUUUCCUCCAAGACAUCAAGCUCGCUCUUUACAUUACCCUCGCGGGAACUGCCGCAACAUUUGUCCUUGUUGUUCCCCCGUGGCCAUUCUUUAACCGACAUCCCGUGAAAUGGUUACCAGUCGGUGGAAUCACGCCGCCAGCGAACCUAGUUGUCGAUGACAAAGCGUUCAGAUGAGGCAGAUGGGUUGGGGGCUCGCGCGAAGAAGCAGCGAACAGUAUGCGGUAAUCGGGGUUGAAGGAUGGCACAGCGAUUCGGCUGCUAUCAUAUUUCUGGUGUUCUCCGAGCCCUAUCGGAGGAUCUAUGGAUGAACCCGCGCCCGAUGCCGUGCUACCAAAACAUGCUCAUAUCGCUCAUGUGCAGAGUCCCCAAACCCCCGUUAUCCCACCCCGAUGUCCGAAGUCCGUCCUGAUGUUCUCGCUACGUACAACUUCUGUCGCCGCUU